GGAAGUGGGAAUUUCCUAGUUCCCAGUCGGAUUUUUCAACUGGAACGCCCCUCGAAGUGGGAUUUCCCACUGGGAAAGUGGGAGAGUCUUCACCACCCCCGAGUUCACAUUCCAAGAUGGCUGCCCCGGUUGUAAACAGUAGAAGAGAGCUCUGUAAUAAUUCGUAGCACUUCUUUCUAGUUUUGGUCACACUAAAUCAGUCGUAUACAAGUAUUGUUCAGCAUAUAUAUGCUGCUAUAGUGUACUUCACAUUUUUCAUGUGGUAUAUGCGAACUACAAACUUGUUUUCCGACUUUGUAACUGGAACGCUGAUAACUCGUCUGUGACGUCAUUCCCAGAUCCGAGUUCCGACUUCCGAGGUAAAUGGAACGCAGCAUUAAACUACACAAAUCAGGUGUGGGUAGCCCAAUCCUGCAGUUCACGGCGUAUGCGCAGCUCUACGUGGAAGGAGAAUAGCCAUUUCGUACGCAUUUUUCGAUGAGAAACCGUCCCAAGGGGAAAAAGAAGGAUCGGUUCUCGGGAAAUGCUGCCGUCUCUCGCUGCCCUCCUCGUCGGGAUUCGGGAGGUGCCCGCCUGAUGGCACACACAAGCCGCCGACUGCGCCGGGAAAACCCGAACAACUCGUCUUUGGUCGUCUAAACACGGGAGACUGCCGUCUCUUUGUGGAUAGAAACGAUCAUGCCGAGCUCAGGCGAAAGGACAUGGAAAAAGGGAUCCACGUUUAGUGUAAAAAAGCCACAGCCGACGACGACGUGUUGCAAUUAAGCAGGAGGUUUCAAAAAACUGGUGGUGUAAUUAAAUUCUCUGUGGUAUGUAUAAAGGUCUGCAUGACACCCAGCAGAUAACCAGAGGAGGGCUGUUUCUGCAGGCUUGUAAUGUGUCGGACUCCAUUCAUCUUUCGGUUGUAAUGACAUCUUCGCGGUUAUUUUAAUACUAUUUGGCACGAGAAGAGUGUUGCUGGAAGGAAGCGGGGCUGAUAUGGGAGAGAGAGCGGAACCGACGAGACAUCGUCAAAAUACAGGGCAGUGAUGCCUGGAAUGGUGAUGUUUCGGCGGCGCUGGUCAGUUGGCAGUGAUGACCUGGUGCUGCCUGCCCUCUUCCUUUUUUUAUUACACUGCAUCUGGUUGGUGGUUCUGUCCGUGGUUCUGUUUGGCCUUCCGUACGGCUCUGACCAGUCAUGUUCUGUAACACUGGUGGACCAUGGCCGAGGGUACAUGGGGAUCCUGGUCAGCUGCCUCAUAUGUGAAAGUGCUAUCAUGUGGUUAAGCAUGAGGGGCAGUAUUUUGUACACACAGCCCAGGGAAGCUGUGCAGUAUGUCAUCUAUAUACGGCUUGCUAUUCUUUUAGUUGAGCUGGUAUAUGCUGUAGUUGGAAUUGCCUGGCUUGUCCAGUAUUACCAACCAUGCCCUGAUGUCACAGCCAAAAACCUGGCUUUGGGAAUUGUUGCAUGCAACUGGUUGGUGAUAUUAAGCGUUUGCAUUACCCUCAUGUGCACAUUUGACCCUACGGGUCGGACAUUUGUCAAAUUGAAAGCAACCCGUCGGCGUCAACGCAACCUUACUACAUACACUCUCAGACACAGACUAGAAGAGGGCCAAGCCAGCAGCUGGAGCAGGAGGCUCAAGUUCUUCAUGUGCUGCACAAGAGCCCAGGAUACACAAUCAGUCCAGGAUGCGUAUUCAGAAGUGGCCAGUCUUUUUGCAGAAUUCUUCAGAGACCUGGACAUUGUGCCUAGUGACAUCAUUGCUGGCUUGGUACUUCUCCGCCAAAGGCAGAGGUCUAAAAGAUCUGCCAUCCUGGACCAGGCCAACAAUGAUAUUUUAGCUUUCCUGUCAGGAAUACCUGUCACUCGUAAUACUCGAUACCUUGACCUCAAGAACUCGUCUGAGAUGAACAUGUACAAAGAUGUGUGUUAUUACAUGCUCUUUGCUCUGGCUGCAUACGGUUGGCCCAUGUAUCUGAUGAGGAAGCCUGCCUGUGGACUGUGUCGCCUCGCCAGCUCCUGCCCCUGCACAUCAGUGUCUGGCUCUCGAUUGUCUCAGUCUGUGACAGUGGAGGAGGAUAACUGUUGUGGCUGCAACGUCCUUGCUAUACGCAGACACUUCCUUGAUCGUGAUCUCAAGCAGGUUCAAAUUGUCUACACUUCCUGUCAUGACGCUGUUUAUGAGACUCCAUUCUUUGUGGCAGUGGAUCAUGCAAAGAAGAAAGUUGUCAUUAGUAUCCGAGGAACCCUUUCACCAAAGGAUGCCUUGACUGAUCUGACCGGGGACUCUGAACGUUUGCCUGUAGAAGAGCAGCAUGGGACCUGGCUCGGCCACAAGGGAAUGGUUUACUCAGCUGAAUACAUUAAGAAGAAACUGGAGCAGGAAAUGAUCUUGUCACAAGCUUUUGGAAGAGACUUGAGUAAAGGCACCAUGCAUUACGGACUGGUGAUAGUCGGGCAUUCACUUGGAGCGGGCACAGCUGCUAUUCUGUCCUUCCUGCUUAGACCUAGGUACCCAACACUUCACUGCUACUCUUACUCUCCACCUGGUGGCCUUCUUAGUGAGGAUGCCAUGGAGUACUCCAAGGAGUUUGUCACAUCUGUGGUAUUAGGAAAAGACCUGGUACCAAGGCUUGGCCUGUCACAACUUGAGGGAUUCCGACGACAUCUUCUGGAAGUCUUACAGAAAAGUAACAAGCCAAAGUGGAGGAUAAUCGCGGGAGGCACCAAAUGCAUCCCCAAAUCAGAGCUUCCAGUAGAGGAUGAUGAUCCUCAGUCACAGCCGGCAGCACCGCCCAGCAGUCGCUUGUGGCUACACCCCAGUGACCUCAGUAUUGCCCUGUCAGCCUCCACCCCCCUCUACCCUCCUGGCAGGAUCAUCCACGUGGUGCACAACCAUCCACCUGAGACAUGCUGUAGCCAGGAAGAGCCGACCUACUCGGCGCUGUGGGGAGACAACAAGGCCUUCAACGAGGUCAUCAUAUCUCCGGCCAUGCUGAACGAGCACAUGCCACACAUGGUGAUGGAGGGCCUAAACAAGGUCCUGGAGAACUACAAUAAAGGGAAAACUGCUCUGCUCUCUGCAGCAAAGAUCAUGGUGAGCCCAACAGAAGUGGACUUAAACCCAGAGACCAUGUUUGUGGAUACGUCAACAGCCUCUCGGCAGCCGUCGCCUGCACCCCACCACCGCAGGAACAGUAGUGUUCGACAAAAACCAUUGUUACGCUCAUGUGCACAGUCUGAAAUAUCCCUUGAUGGUUUCUCGGAGUGCCCUCCUCCGCCUGUGCCAGUAGUAUUGCGCGGAGCACGAGAGCGCCUGGCAGUGGAGCUGAGGGACCGCAAAGCACCACUGGCUGUUAUGGAGAGCCUCUCUGACGCAGAGUCUCUCUAUAGUCUGGAUUCCCGACGCUCAUCGGCUGCAUUAAGGGGUUCACCGAUGCUGAGUAGCUUACCAUUCCCUUUGGAUGCGCCAAUACCAGAGGAAAACCCAUCUCUUAGCUCUCGCACCGAACUACUGGCUGCAGACUGCCUCUGCCAAGAUUCACCAGAGCACCUUGGUGAGGUUGGACCUUUCUUUACCCCGCUGGAGUGCAGAUCCAACCCAGAUUACCCCAUGCAGCUUUCUCCUGCAACACCUCGCCUCGUCUCGGCUGAGCCUUUCAAGCCACCAGAGCCUAACGCCUCCCCAACAAUGCUUCCUGAUGGGGAACAGAUUCCUGGUGUCUACAGCCCAGGAAGCACUCCUAACAGUCCCCUAAGCCCACAAAUUGGCUCUAGACCCUUGGAGGGCAAAAAGGAGGACUGGGACCUAGAGACAGCAGAGAAACUGUUAUGUUCAGAGACAACACCUGCAGCAUCUACUCCUCCAGCCCAGAUGUCCAAUGGAAACCCUAGCCAGGCCGUCCUGGAGUUCGCCCAAUACUUAGACUCUCUUUUCAGACUGGAUGGCAGCAGCUCACCACCUCUGGAGCUGUCUGAUGGGGAGUCGGAGUCAGGCCGAGGCUCCUUUGGGCACGGUGAGUGUCAUGAAGACGACCAGCAGUUGGAUGAAAAACAACUUCUGGCUAGAGCAACACUGGAACCUAACCUCGUCCCCAAGCCUCCACGCACUUUUGCUGGAUCUGCAGACCCAUCUUCAGGCAUCUCUCUGUCACCCUCUUUCCCUCUCUCGUCGUCUGAGGAGCUCAACGACCUUUCCCCUAGUGAGAGUGGGCUGCCAGCCAUAAACUCCCUUCAAGCAUCUACCCCUUGCCACUUUCCUGAAGAGAGCACGCUAUCAUCAAUGGUGUAGUAUGCUCUGAAGGCUCCAGUGUCCCCUGUUCUAAGUUGAGAGGUGCGAUAAUCCAAAUUAGAAAACAUAUCACAGUACAAGCAUGCAGUGGAAUGCAGUCACUCAUCAUAGAAACAGUGACACAACUUGUCAAACCAGCUUACAAACUAUAUCCAUUCUUCAGGUGUCCCUGCUGUUUAUAGCAUUUUUACACUAUUGCAAUGACUAACAAAAAAAUUACCUCUCUCUGCAUGCCAGGGGGCUGUGCUGCUUUUGGGUGUAUAUAAACAACUGUAGCUUCACGACACCAUUCCAAAACAUUUUUGUCUCACCCACGUGGGGACGCAUCCGCAUUACGCUGGGUCCCUGACUUUACAGAAUCUAAGGGAGAAUAGUUAACUGAGCAGGGAUUCAGAACAUAACACUGUUGAAGAGGUUAGCAUAGGCACAUCGUCUGGAAUGAUGCAACGUACAACUUCCUGCAUCUUCAGCAGCUCCAGAAACUUGGUAAAGCUUUUACUUUAUUUAAUUUUUUUUACAUAUGGAAUGUGAAGCUGGUUGUAUUUAUUAAUAAACAGAAGUGAGAAGACUUAAAGAAAUGUUCCUCAGGUCUACAAAGAAUUGACUAAGAAAGAAUAAGUGUGUCAUGUUGGUGAGAAUACAUGUGUCUUAAAACAAUUAGUGAUUGUGACAAAGUUAAUACAGAUGCCUAUGGAUGUUUUCAGUCUUGGUUACACUUUAUAAUGCAUGAACACUUUCUUUUUUUAAUUUAUUCUUGAAAACAAUUUAUCACUAAGCCACUUAUGUUGACAUUUGGUUACCGUUGCACACAUUAUAUUGCUAAGUUUACCCCUUUUUGCCAAAAAAAAAUGCAUUGUCUUGCCAAAUGUAUUUAUGAGAUGUACUUUUGUCUAUGUAUGGGGGAAUAUUGCUUUACUGAAACAUAGGCUCCAUUCAUUUUCUUCUUCCUUGGCUAUUCUUUCAGUCCCCAUGUAGACUGUUACACAGCACUACCAAGGAAGUGAUGCCAUCCUGACAAACUGCCAUAGCUUUUCUCUGAAGAACACGACCUCUGCACGUUGAUUUUGAACAAAUGGCAAACUUGCUAGUCGUCUCAUAAAUACUGUACAUUUCUCUAUGGAGAGCUCUUGGCAAAAUAUGCCCAGGUCUGCAUGCUUUAUGCAUUUCGAAGUAGCAUGGCUAGUAGAAUAAAUCUUGCCAUCAAGCCACAGUAGAUAAGCUCCUGUCAUGUCCAGAAAUAAUCAACAUAUGUCAAGUCAAAUUUAAAGGCAGUGAACCAGAAGCCCAGGUCACCAAUAAGGACCAAACUGUGUCCCCUAAAGGUGUCCAAGGAUGUCAUUUCUCCUGUUCUCAAGGUGCUCUAAGUCAUUUUAGAUAUUACAGUAUUUGCUUCCCUUUAAUCUGGUUUAUGUCAGACAUCCUUGAGGUUGGGCUUAAUGAACAGAUGGACUCAGACGUUAUUCCACCUCUAAAUACUGUAUGUUGCAUACAAUCUUCCAUAUCUCUCUUGAGUGUGACACGUUACUCACAAUUUGCAUUAUUUAUUACAGUUAACGUUAUCACUUUUACUGCUAUAUUUGAUGGUAUGUUUAUCCUUAUUGAAACAGGUUUUAUGUCAGUGGUUUUUAUUCUCAGUUUUUAGGAAAGUGUGGGGAACCUUUUAUGACUUUAUCCCAAAUCUAAGAAGUUAAAUAUCUCAAAAUAAAAUUUCUGUCUGAAUGGUCUUUUACAUACUGCCAUGUCAUGGUGACAAAAUGCUGUUUUUGUUUAUUGUUUCUUUGUUCUUUUUCAAAAAUGUGUCAAAAAAUGUGAGAUAUGCUGUAGAAUUGUGGCAUUCUCACAAGUUGUUGCAAAGCCACCAUUGAGCCUGGAGUAACCAUAAUGAUCUGAACAGCCUCUCUAAUUAGAGCUGGAUUUGCUGUGGUUACUCACAGUGGACAGUUCCAGACAGUUUACAGUCUGACACCACUUAGAUUGCGCUGCCAGUCCUGUUAGAUACAUUAGUGCUGGGCCAGAAAUUUCCUACAUGCAGUAGCUUUGCUUGCAGCUGGUCAUACACUAAACGCCACUGAAAGAAAGCACCACAUCUUUCCAUUGUGAUGUGUAAAGCACCGUCUCUUAUGUGUAAUUAUUUAUGCAAAUGUCUUAAGAAAAAAAAAGAUGAAUUCCAAUAGAGUCAUGUAGAAAACAAAUGUAUAACAAUAAGAUGAAUAUAUUAAAAGAUAUCAGUACUGACAUGUUGAGAGAAAAAAAAGUUAUUUCUUCAAACUAUUGGCAGAUUUGCAAAUUGGUUUAGAGUGGAAGGAAUUAUUCAACUAUGUCUUGUCCAUGUUUACCUGGUUUGCUUCCCUUCCUGUCCCAGAAUGAGAAUGUAUUUAAUCCCCCUCCCUCGCCUGUAAUGGAAUAAACUACAAACUAUA